AUGCCUCCCAACGGCACAAUUACCACAACACCUCGUAGCCGAAUGCCAACUUCCACUCCCACAUCAGGAAGGCAACGUCCAAAGAAAGAAACUCUUCAUUUCCUAGCUUCAAGUUCUUCUACGACUUCUGUUGAUGCGGCAAGAGCUAUAUUGGAACGUGGAGCUAAUGUGAAUGUAAUCGAUCGAGAAGGUGCUACUCCCCUACAUUAUGCCUGUGUUCAUGAUAAUGUGGCGAUGGCUCAGCUCUUUUUAACUUUUGGUGCUGAUCCAAUGAGUGCUGACAAACUGGGUAGAACGGCGUAUAGUAUCGCAAAAGGGAAUACUUUGAGGUUUCUUCGCCGCUACAAAAAGGCCAAUAGCCAACAACGCCAUGGAUUGUUCCGUCGUUUCUUUUCUUGUCACUCUCGAAAUGAUACAUUUUUCAUUGUUCGUCAAAACCAGGAAGUCGCUCCUCUUCGGCCGACUGCUCUCGCAGAGACCGCAUCAAUCUCGUUUGAUCGAGGAAACGCUAUCACAAAAUCAUAUAGAAACGCGAAAAAGAAGAUUCGUGCAACAUUCAAUGCUCUCCGAAGGAGUCAAUCGAACAGUGCAUCCACCUUGCAAGAUAUUGUGCUGACUUCGGAAGGAUACAGAACCAUAACAACUCCAAGUCGAACUGCCCCGAGAGUUGUGUCAGCGAAAAGAUCGAUGUCUGUGUCUGAUCUUCCUAGGAUACCGGACAGGAGAGAUAUAAGAGAUGAAGAUAGGAAAACAAGACGAUCGCCAGUAAAGAAAGGAGGAAGAGUAGCUGGAAGAUCGAAAACUCCUGAAGCAGUUCUGAAUUCAACUAGAAGACAAGCACCACGUUCGAAGCGGUCGAAAAGUCAAGAAAGUCAUGGAACGCAGCUGGUUGCCAUGUCUCAACCGAAUCCAAUGUCAUACUAUAACAAUGCAAGAGCCAGAAACGCUGGAUUGCGACCAGCUCCAUCCGCCCCUCCGCUGUCGCCUACGCCUGAAUUAGCGGAGAAAACUCCAAAACGUUCGAAAGCCCGGAGCAAAAGUCCUGUCGCUAGCACAACAACGUAUUUCACCGCUGACGAGUCUCUAGAGUUGAUCGGAGUUAACAUGGAAAAAUUGAAUCUUGGUUCGAAAUCGGCCAAAAAGUCAACAAAAACACCCUCGAAAACUCCAACUAAACCAUCAUCGUCAUCUGGAUCUUCAUCCGCGGAAGAAGACAUUGAAGUUCUAACACCAACCACUGUGGAUGAUGGAGAGAUCAGAAAAAUUAGAAGAUUACGCGACGUUGAGUUGAAGAGUGAGCUGAAAAAAUAUGGAAUAUCUCCUGCUGGACCGUUAGAUCCUCGAACAAGACGACUUUAUGAAAAGAAGUUGCUCAUAGAGAGACGGAAAAUUACAAGUCGUGGAUACUCACCUGAUGCUGAUGUGGUUGCAUGUAAAAACUCACCACAGCUGGAACUAAUUCUUCGGAAUGGUUUUCUCCCAGCCGAUUUCGCAUCUAGAGCCCGUAAAAGCGACGAAACAGUUCGAAAGGAGUUCAGUGGAAAUGGAUUUGGUUAUAACGCAUUCUGCUAUUUGAUCAUGGAUCCUCGCAUUCUGGGAAGUAAUGUGGAGGCAUUGACGCUUGCUACAUUUGUUCGAUCAAUAUUCUAUGUGGGAAAAGGAUCCAAAAAUCGACCUCUUGCACAUUUCAUAGAUGCUCGGAACGAAAGAAGAGAACAGUCGAAUAAACUGAAGACGUGUGAAAAGCUGAAGACUAUCGAUGAAUUGUGGACUCUGGGAUUCGGAAUUCCCAGACAUGAAAUUUCUCAUGGCGUAUCCGACGAAGAAGCAUUCGUGCGAGAAGCGAGCAUCAUUGAGGCUGUCAAACUAGUGAAUUUGAGAAACAAGAAAGGAGGAGAAUUUCAUGGCUCCACAAAGUCUUGGGAUAGUAUCACAAAAGCAGAAUUCGGAACUUUCUUGCUCGACCGAGCAUUGGCCACAUUGAAAUUGGAAGGAAUCCGUCUUAUCACCGAGGACAAUCUGCCAGACAGUCUCUAUCCAUAUGUGACGAAUCGCCGAGGAGCUACAGGUGCACGGACACCAAAAACACCGAAAUAG